AUCUAUCUUCAUUUUGGCGACGUAGUGAAGUCCGAUAUUUUGUCGCCAGACGAAGUUGUGAAAGUCUAGAGUUGCAGUUUUGACAUUUAUUUAGUUAUCAAUUAAAAAUUAAAACAACAUCAUGAACUUUUUAGUAAGAAACGUAGUGAGCGCUAGAUCUUAUUUUACAAGAUGCAGUGAAGAACAAGAGAAACGAGCCGUAGUUGUAAACCAGAACCAGUACCUAGUUUACGUGAAAUCACGUGAAGUUUCAUCGGUAUUGUUUGCGGUUCCCAUAAGUGUAACAAGACCAGACAACUCCAUAGGAAUUCGAGUGAUGUCUCGAAUUUCCGUAAGCCUUUCCACCAGAUCGGUAUCUCCGCUUUCUCGACGGAGUAAAUAUAGGAAAAGGGGUGGUCGAACUAAAAAGGGACCAUGA